UUUCUCUUUGGUUUGGUUCAAGAGCUUUAUACCCCCCGAAGCAAACUAAUUUCCCUGUGGCAAAAUCGACAGGAAUUCUUGCAUUCCUAUGCUGGGUAUGUUCUUAGCUUGCCUUCAUCUUUUGUAUCUGAUGGGAGCAUUAAAAUCUUCCACCUCUCAGAUGCUGCCUCGUGAUAAAUAAAUAAACAAGCCUGGCAGGAGCCCUCUCCUGCGUUGAGGGAGAGCACCAACUGUUUUAUCUCCUUGCUUGAGAGGGCUUUGGAGCUGUGCUGCCUCACAACGAAGACUUAAGCAGUAAUUAAAUUCUCCAAGAAGCACCAGGACUCCUUUGGCUGAGAUGGGGAUGUUCCACGCCCUGGAUGCUGCGCGGCGGAGGAGAGGAUGUUUAAACACAACUCCGUCAAAGCAGCGAAGAAUUCUGUGAGACAUGGAUAGAUGCAAACAUGUUGGGCGGCUACGACUCGCCCAGGACCACUCCAUCCUGAACCCCCAGAAGUGGCACUGCGUGGACUGCCAGACAACAGAAUCCAUCUGGGCUUGCCUCAAGUGCUCCCACGUUGCCUGCGGGAGGUACAUCGAGGAGCACGCGCUGAAACACUUUGAAGAAACCAGGCAUCCCUUGGCCAUGGAAGUGAACGAUCUGUAUGUCUUUUGUUACCUUUGUGAAGAUUACGUCUUGAAUGAUAACCCAGAGGGUGACUUGAAAUUGCUGAGGAGUUCUCUGUCAGCGAUUAAAAGUCAACGACACGAUCCGUCGAUGCGAAGCGGCAGAACAUUGCGAUCGAUGGCUUUGGGAGAGGACGUGUGUGGCCAUCAAAGGAGCCCUCAGGGACAAUCUCAGAUGCUCACAGCUCUGUGGCACAGGCGGCAGUCCUUGCUCGCGAAGGCGCUGCGCACCUGGUUUGACAAGAGCUCCAGAGGCCAGCUCAAGUUAAAACAAAAGAAACAAAUGGAGGAGCUGGAGAAGAAGAAGGAGGCGGCGAGGCAGCGGCGGCAGGAGAUGAAGAGGCAACUCCUGGAGGAGCUGGCAAACACUCCUCCGAGGAAGAGUGCGAGGCUGCUGUCUCACACACACACAGAGAACUUGAUUCCAAGGAAAUUCAGGGAAGUGGCAGCCGCUUCCCCUACCUCAAGGCAGAUGCAGAGCAGCAGAUUCAAACAGUUGUAUUCCAUCCGGCGUAAGCCUCUGAUGACUCCCGGGGUAACAGGUCUGAGGAACCUGGGAAACACAUGUUACAUGAAUUCUAUUCUGCAAGUGCUAAGUCACCUCCAGAAAUUUAGAGAAUGUUUUUUGACGCUUGAUCUCUGUGAAACAGAAGAACUCUUAGCCAAAACUGUGAAUGGGAAGUCUAGGGUGCCUGGCAAAUUGGCAAAUGGGUCUGCUGCUAACGAGGCAGGGAAGACUGACAAGGUGGGAUCAUACGGCACGCAGAGCUCGCCAGCCGGUUUGAAUGGUGGCUCCUCCAUAAGCAGGAGUUUAGAACUAAUACAACCCAAGGAACCGAGUUCAAAGCACAUCUCCCUCUGUCACGAAUUGCACACCCUCUUCAGAGUGAUGUGGUCUGGCAAGUGGGCCCUCGUGUCCCCCUUUGCCAUGCUGCACUCUGUCUGGAGCCUGAUCCCGGCGUUUCGAGGUUACGACCAGCAGGACGCUCAGGAAUUUCUCUGCGAGUUGUUGGAUAAAGUGCAGCAGGAGCUGGAGUCGGAAGGAACGAAGCGCAGGAUCCUCAUCCCUUUCUCCCAGAGGAAGCUCACCAAGCAGGUCCUGAAGGUGGUGAACACCAUUUUUCACGGGCAGUUGCUUAGUCAGGUCACCUGCAUAACCUGCAACUACAAAUCCAACACCGUUGAGCCCUUUUGGGAUCUUUCCUUGGAAUUCCCUGAACGCUAUCACUCCAUUGAGAAGGGGAUCAUCCCUGUCACCCAGACAGAGUGCAUGCUGACAGAGAUGUUGGCCAAGUUCACCGAGACCGAGGCUCUGGAGGGGAGGAUUUACGCGUGUGACCAGUGCAACAGCAAACGACGAAAAUCUUCUCCUAAACCCCUUGUUCUGAGUGAAGCUAAAAAGCAGUUAAUGAUCUACAGACUACCUCAGGUCCUCCGACUGCACCUUAAACGAUUCAGGUGGUCUGAACGUAAUCACCGUGAGAAGAUUGGGGUCCAUGUCCUCUUUGACCAGGUAUUAAACAUGGAACCUUACUGCUGCAGGGACUCUCUCUCCUCUCUUGACAAAGAGACCUUUGUCUAUGACCUCUCCGCUGUGGUGAUGCAUCACGGGAAAGGGUUUGGCUCAGGACACUACACAGCAUAUUGCUACAACACAGAGGGAGGUUUUUGGGUCCACUGCAAUGACUCCAAACUGAAUGUAUGUAGUGUGGAGGAGGUGUGCAAAACCCAGGCCUACAUUCUUUUUUACACUCAAAGAACAGUGCAGGACAAAGCAAGAAUCUCAGAAAAACAACUCCAAGCUCAGGUGCCAUCCAAAAAUAGUGAUAAGGACAGAAGAUUGACAUUCCCAUGAUGGGGAGCUCUGCAACUCCAGCAACAGUCUCAGUUCAUUUUAACAACCAUUGGCGUUCACGUCUUUCCUCUUUGUAGGAACAAAAGCCCACUGCAGGAAGGGGAUCAGACCGUGAUGUUUACCACCCAGGGUCUGGAAAGGUAAUUCUGACACAUCAGGUGAUAGUCAGGAUCGUGGUUUUAAAGCAUCUUGUUGUUAAAUGAUGCUGGCAGAAGGAAAUGAGGAAGUUUGAUGCUGUAUGUCCUUCACCUCGUACCGAAAAGGAAUCGCGUGAGGCGUGUAACAAAUGAGCACAACCUGGAAACAGAAGCAUUCAACUGGCUUCAAAACACCUUCAGUAGCUAAGAAUGCUGAUAAAAGUCCAGAAGGAACAGGUAUGGUACCCCUCCCUUUAAUUGCAAUUCGGAUUUCCAGGGCUUGAAUCAGUCACCCAGGUGUUUCAUUGAACCGUUGUUGGGUUUGUGGAGUUGACUGCCUUGAAGAGCAAUUCUCGAUGGAGAUAUGGUCAAUGUUCUUCUACCAGAGAAAAGACUCCCCCAGGCCUCAGCUGUCUCUGUGAUACCAAUUUCUUUGCCAUCAGUUGAGGGCAAACCCAUGGCUGGCAAGCUUUGUCACCAGCUUCUUUUUCCUCAGUGUUUCUGGGGCCAUGUGCACACUCAAUGGUUUAUUCUCUGGGCUGAACUGAAUUGGCAGCUAAAUUCACUAGGAAUGUGAUUUUUUAAAACAGUUCUGCUCUGGAGAUAGCAUGCUUAAAAACAAACUCCCCUCUAAUAGAACAGGAAUGUACCUGUGUCCUAUCUGUUUACAGUGGCAGCAAAAACAAAGCCUGUACUGCAGGCUUCUGCUGGCGUGGCUUUGUCACCAGGGUGAUGGAGAAGCCUGAGCCCUGGCUUGCACAGCUCUGACAGCAGAAGCAGGUAGCGUGGAGGCAUCUUACACUGGCAAACUAGCACUUUGUACAAGUGUGGCUUGUUUUCCUCAGGGGAACAGAGUGGUGGGAAUCCCACAGUGCUGGGAGACAGAGCUAGCUUCUGUUACUGCUGCUGCAAUGGAGACACUCACCAACUGCAGUUGUCACCCCAGGCUCAGACUAAGCUCAGGCAGUGAGGCUGCACACGUAUAGUGUGCAGAAUUCAGCCUGUGAAGUCUUUUCUUUCUUGCUGGGACAUAAAGGGAAGGAAUGUAGUUAAUCCUCAAAUUCCAUGUUGAGUUUGCAAGGCUACAGAAAUGUCUGUAUCUGCAGUCAUCUUGAUUUUUUACAAUCCUCUGAGAAACACAAGGCCUUAGUUGAUUGUUUAGAGUCGCUUCUCAGACUACAGUUGCACCUCAGGUGAUUUUCUAGUUCGGGGGUUUGCUGUUCACACUUCAUGUUUGAAUCACAUCCAAACAGGUAACAGCAAAGAGACAUGAUGGCUUUCAAUCUGGAUGGUUUGUUGGGCUUUUUAAAGUGGUUACAAGUGAAGCAAUCUAACACAUGAGGUUCUUAAAAACAAAAGAAAGGGGUUCAGUUUUCAGGCAGGGAAGAUCUGGAAUUGUGUUUCUCUUCCUCUCUCUUCUCCUUUUAUUCUUGCCAACAUUUGCCCCUCAGACAGGCAUUGACAACCCUACGGUGGGGCUGGAGGGGAUGAAGAUCUAAGUCUCCCAAAUACCAUUCCCCUCUUUCUGCUGCCACUGCUGUGACUUUUAAUCCCCUGUCCUAUGGGCAAAUGGGUCUUUCUUAUUUUGGCUGCUCUUGAUGGCUUCAGCCACGCAGAGACGAGCACAGCAAGCAAGAAACGUUCAGUGUGUCAGAGCAGUGUCACGCUGGGUCUCCUCUCUCUUGAACUUUCCUGUUUCCUGUAUCACUGAGCAACAUGCUGCUCUCUGAGCCUGUAACAACUGUCUUUUUGACAGUUUUCAGUUUGAGACCAUGUGCUCUGAAGUUUUUUGGAGAUGAGACAGUUUGAAACAGGCCUAUGGGAGCUGAUGACAAAGCUGUUGUUUUGCUUCUCCAAAGGUAGCAGGGUCUGGAAGGAUUUCCUAUGAAUGUCUUGCAUAUCUUUCAGUUGACUAGGUAGGAGAUAUUUUUUUGGGUGCUACCAGUAAAUAAAGUUAGUAAAAAUGCAACAGGCCAAAUUGAAAUCUGGUAGAAGGAAAUGUGAGUGCUGAUUGCAGGGGAAGCUGAAAGAUUCCAAAUCAAGUCCUUGUGAUGAUCAGAUACAGGAUGGAUUCUUUUUUUAGAGCAAAACAAAUGCUCUGUGAAGGCUGAAAAUGAAAGGAAAAAUAGUGCUUAGCAUUGCCUCUUUGGUCUGAGAGGUGGAAGGGAAAGCCAGAGGUUUCCCAUGUGUCUGUCCUUCCAGGCCCACCCUCCCCUUUGAAAGAGAAGGUUCUGCAGGGGGGUGGACCAGACGAUCUCUAAAGGUCCCUUCCAACCCCAACCAUCCUAUGAUUCUGUGGUUCUGUUCUUCUAAAAGACAGACAUGGUGUCCUGUGACAACCAAAUGGUUCAUCCACCUGCUGAAGCCUUUAGCCUUGUUGCCCUCAGGGGAGGACAGGCAGGUGGUGCAGUGACGAGUCGAGGCUCCCAACGCUCAUCUUUUGACUGAGCGGCUUUUUCUGCAUUAAUCUUUGAAUUCAGGUAAUAAUCUGGUGGUCACAUGAAUCGAGGGGGUGGCAGAGGGGACGUAGGGAGGGCACCUGAAGCAGUUGCUUGAGCAAAACCUUGCCCAAGCAGAUGUUUGUAGCGUUUGCUGGUGGCCUCUCCAUGUGCCCUUAGGCUCCUUGUGCUGAGCUGUGGAGACAACUGCAGGCAGAGAGGGAAAAUGAUUGCCCUGAUAGGGAAGGAAUGAAUUAUACUUCAAAGUAAAAUAAACUUGCUGUUUCCAACACUGUGAGGUUUGUGUACUAUUCAGCUUUGAUUUGGAAGCGAUAGCGUAUAGCAUGUUUUAUGCUGUUUGGUUUAUAUUUGUCUACUGCAGGCUUCUUUGUAUAAGCACAGCCCAGUGCUCCCUCCGUGCUGGACACUGUUUUAUAGUGUCCUGGUUGCCAGAUAUUCAGAUUGGAAGUUACUUCUUCCACGUCGUGGUGAGAUGAAAACACAACCUGCAGUUCCAGGGAAGCCCAGUGGAGUGUGGGCUGGAGCAGGGGCAGCCUGUAAAGCAAACUGUGUGUUAGAGUAACUCCGUGUUCAGGCUGUGCUUCUGCACACACAGAGGCAGGUGGUGUCUCUUUGCUCACACACAGAGUCCAGUGGCUGCUGUUGAAGUCACAAGCUGUGUGUCUGCAACAUCCAAAUCCUUCUUUCGGUACAAUUGGGAGCAAACUGGUGUCUCUGUGUCGUGGGAUUCCUCUGCUGGGGUUGCAGCCUUGUGGGAGGGAGUUGGUUGGCUUGAGAGAUGCUCAGAGCAAGUGGGAAGUUCUCAGCAGCUGGCAGGUUGUUGUCUGAAGGUGCAGGAGGCCACUGGAUGCUGGCAGACUGUCAGGCUCUGGAGUGGGCAGCCUCUGGGACAGAACUGUUCCCAGCAUAUCCCAUUCAAAUUGGCAUUCCUUCAUUUCAUGCUUUUAAGAAUGAAGAAUUGUAAUGUAGCCACAGGCAGGUAUGAUGCAGCAUCUGCUGUAGUCGUUGGAAGCCAUUCCAUUUUAACUAACUUCAUCCCACUGGCAACUUAGUUACAUCAGUUUGCCUCCAUGUCAUCCCAUCACCUUCUAUUCCCAAGUUAACCUAUGCAUCCCACAAAGACAGUUCCUCUGCAAAUCACACUGUUCUUUUUUUCCCCAUUGGUUCUGACAGGAUCAGCUCUCUGGUCUGGGUUUGAAGUUGUUAAUGUGAGGCAGCAACUGGAAUAAUGCACAUGAAAUGCUUGAGGUCCGGCUUUUCUGGGUGGCACUACCACUCCCCCUCACUUAGAGACUCCCAGGAGGUUUUCUGAGCAUAGGAACGAAACUGGUAAUGGUAAAAGCAUCAAGUGUGUCCUAUGGACUCACUUUCAAGUGGGGUUUUUGCUUUUAGAAGGCAAAGCUUUUAACAGAAAUACUGUCCUGGCAGUAAUUUAGAGACUCUUACUGGUCUAGGUGGGACCUGCAGGGGUUGGAGUGGGUGAUCUCUGCAGGUCCCUCCCAACCCCCAGCAUUCUGUGAUUGUAACAUCCCCAGGGCUGGAUAUGCUUAAUUGCACCCCAAUGAGAGAGACUAAUGAAACUCCUGCCUGUUGCCAGAUUGCCCUGGGAUGAGCUGCAGCAAAUGCAGUGGCAGUGCAGAAGUGGGUAAGCAAGAGCCAGGGAGAUCAGUUUCUCCUGCCAGUAUGUCCUCACUGUGGAUGAGAAAGGAGAUGAUACAGCUGAUGGCUUCACCUGAUUUGAUUUGUCAUUUUUACUCUUGACAACAUACUCUCAAUAGAGGUGGCAGGUGCUGAACUUGAGGUUUUUCCCUGUGCUGAAGUGCUGCACCCUGACUUGUGAGACCAGAACUUGGUGGAAUCUGGAGUAGAAAAGGUCUCUUCUUCUUUCCAUCUCUCUUUACAGCCACUUGCUAUGUGAGCAUGUCUUUUUGGGAGCGUGGGGCUUCUGAGUGUUUCUCCUGCCCAAGAGAAACCAACCUCAUCCCUCCAACAUGGGCAGGGUGAAGUGUGAAGUCCUCAGGCCAGCCCUUACUUCUGUCCAUAACCACAUCCAUACCAUGGGGGUAAUCUGUGCUGUGACAUCUGGGUCAGUAUGGAUCUGUGCUGCCUUGGUGGCUAAAGAAUGUACAACAGCACAUGACCCCUGGCAGCAGAGAAAUGAGGAUCAGCACCCAUGAGGCUCCUUGUUUUUGCACAGCAAGUGCAGCAUUUGUGCUGUGGGACUCCACACCACUGCUUUAGGAAUGGCAUUUUCAUAGCAAGUGUCAUCUUCCCCCUCCUUACAUUUAUUAGAUGAUGUUACUAAGCCUGUCCUACUGCUACAAGCUGAACCACGUAUUUCCAUGUGAAAACCAAGUUUCCACCUGGUUUAUCAGAUGUGUGAACUCCAGGAACUUUGUGCUGGCAGCCUGGAGCCCAGAUACAAGAGAAUUAGCUCCUCUUUCCCCCCCCCCACCCUUAACUUCAGCUUUGGUUAAGCAGCCACAAACUCCUUAAGCCACAGCCACAUGUUUACAUCUAAGGAGCAGUUUACAGGAAAGGAACAAGUGGAUAAGUUUGUUUCCAGUACAACUUUGUUUUUACAGGGCUGCUUCUCCAUUAAAAAUAAGAUUUAACCACAGCUUCUCUGAGAGGAAUGCUGGCAGGGUGAGGUGUGAGGGGCUUGGGCAGGAUGCUGCCAGGGAGACCCUGUUUGUGCUAAUGCCCUGGAAGCUUCACUCCUGACUCGGGGAAGGGCAGAAUUAAAGCUAAUCCUCAGCACUUGAAAGAAGUUAAUCCAGCUCUAGGUUAAGGUUAAAGGUGCUGUGGGCAGAGGCUGGAGAGAAGAGGAGCAGUUUUCCCUCAGUGGGAAAUGCCCUGGCAGCCUGUGAGACCAGGAGGAAAAGGUUGUGCUGCUUUGGUGGGGGAGGAGCCAGGCUAGAGAUUGGGUGGGUUUCCUGACUUUUCAGUGACUUCUGGGGAGUUUAAGUCAGAGCAGCCUCUACCAUGUGCUUGAAGUUGCUGGUGCUGAUGCCACUAAUGACUUAAGCUGCUGUAGGUCGUGCUGUGCUGGUGAACCAAGCUGCCUUUGCCUCAAGGACACUCCCAGGCAGCAGGGAGUGACAGGAGAAUCCAAUUAAUUAGUGAAUGUUUCUGGCAGUUUGUCCUGCUGCACACACUGCUCCUCAUCAUGGGUUCAGUCCAGGUUUAUUCAGACAACAUCCAGCAAGUCACCUACAGCAGCCUUAUGAACUUCACUGCCUGAACUGCCCCGUGCCUGAACCCAGGCCUCAGGAGAUCAGCCUGUUCUAAAUCAAAACUGGGAUUAACUAUAAAAUGAUUUGAACGUUCUAAUUAAUCCCCUUUUCCUGCAGAAACUGUUUCUGCAGGCUUUGGAUUAUCCCUCCUUCAGAAGAACCUCCUUUCCUUGCAGGAUGGUAAUGCACCCACUCUGAAAACAAUCUGUGUUGGUAGUGGGAAGUUUGUCUGGGGUGGGGGGCAGGUAAGGGGCAGUUCUUAGUCACAAAAGGUGAUGGCAGUGCUACUUCACAAGAAUGUUUUAAACUCCAAACCCACGAGUAACCGUCCAAAGAGUCUGAAGCCAUGUUGCAGUCCCACUGCUGGAACACUCAGGGGCUGGGAAGUUAUCCUGCUCUACAAGUAGCAUCUUUUGAGGAGCUGUCAUGUAAAGCACCAGAGUAAAUCCCAGCUGCAGCUCUUGGUUGAGGCUGUGUCUGUCCCAGCAGCUGGUACCAGCGAGUUGCAGCCUCAGCCCAGCGGCACCACAACACUAUGCAACACCCAACAGCAGCUUCUUCCCCACACACAGCCCUCCUUCCUUCACAGGACAUGUCUCAGCUUUAUCUCGCCCCCACAUUACCAAGGAGACCUUCUGGAAGUGGUGGAGUUUACCCAGGGCUUGUCAUGGUUCUGUUUUUUUCCCCUUUGAGUUAGUAGCUGAUGGGGCCCUGUUUCCAACCCAGGGCUGGACUCGUUCCUUUGUCUUUUUGGGUGUGAAAUAUAAAUCAUGUUUUUAUGAUUUUUUGGUAAAUCUUUACUCUUUUUACACCUUGUUUUUUG